CUUACGAUUAUAAAUUGUUGGCCAUAUUCCUUGCAGCGAAGAAAUUCUCCUCAGGGGACGAUGAUGUCUCAAAAGUGACACAGGAGUAUUCAACUGCAACACCGGACUCAACAAAUAGUGACUGCGGCGAUGAUUUUUUUGUGUUCAUACUGAUCUACUGAUCAACUGUGUGGCUGACAAGUUAAAACGGUGCCAAAGUUUUGUUAGCGAAAAAUCGUUCUGGUGCAAGUGGCAUAAGUGUUUUCUGUGAAAACGCCGCUUAUAUGAUAACUCCAUAUGACAUGGAUGGUCCACAAAAUGACUCUGACAGGUGGAGUUUUUAUGGAACAAAGACAUUGCAAAAUCUUUUGCAGCAAUAUCUCUCAGAAACUUCAGUAUCAUCGUAUACAGAAAUUGCUUCCCAUCGGCAAAACGUGAAAGCGAAAGAGCUUGGUAGCAUCUUCACCGAAGACGUCCAAGAACAUGAGAGUUCUCUCGCUCCUCCUCCACUUCUUCAUCGACCCACAAAGCGAUCCUUAGAGCAAAGCCAAAUGAGUGUUGUAUCGCCAGACUCUAAGCACCCAAGACUAGAGAGUUGUUCUGCUUAUUUCGACCAUCAAAGAGGGGGAGUGCUGCAAGAGCCUUUUGAUGUCAGGGAGCAAAUGUUCGAGAGGACUCGGUCGCUUGAAAACUCACUGAAGCCAGCAUUUCCCCCUCCACCGCUGCUGAAGCAGACAGUAGUGAACACUAAUGGACGGAAAUCCCAGAUAACUACACACUUUAAUCAUAAAGAAAUUUUCCACCAUACAACUGCUAAAUGGAGCACAAUAACGGAUAGUGAUCAAUGUGGGACUACAACAGCUUCUCCGGACGAUGCUACAAAUAGCAAAAGAGUUCUUGAUCAUAGACUUCCGAUAAAGGACGUAGCCAAUGGGAGACAUCCAUCACCUGAGGGGAACGGAAAGCAAAAGGUUUUUACAGCACAACCUGUACCGCGACAAAUAACAACCGAUGAUCACUCAUCUUGUGGAGGGUAUGCCUUUGAUCACAUGGCGAUGCCAAAAAUUGUUGCAGUGCAUUCCGUUUCAAAGAGCACACGAGAUGAGGACGAAUGGGAAAGAAAUAAAGCCUUUAUUUCGAAGGUUAAAGCCGCUCGAGAUAGAUCAUUUCACGGUGGGACGCCCGUUGAAGCGCAUGGUCAAGCAAGGGAGAAACUGCAGGAAGUACCCCACCUCAAAACUAGACCAGCCAUAUCGCAAGACCAACAAAGUUUUCUUCAAGAUUUGCAGAAGGGCACACGUCAAACCUCUUCUACUGAUCUUGGAGACAGAUCCAUGGAUAUCUCGUUUGAGCGUUUUGCACUUUAUCAUCUGCUCUCAAAAUUCCAAGGAAAUGUUGAGCAGGUCAAAAGUGUUUUGAAGGAGAACCUGCAAAAGGAAUGGUUAGAGUAUUCUCAAGGAAGUAUUGAUCCUAAAAAACAGACGCUGAGUGGAGUGAAUUUGAAUGAGCUGCGCAAACUCUAUGACGUCUGGUGUACGUUAAAAAAGAGCCAAAAAAAGGAGACUCGAAGCGGAUAUUUGGAGAACAUUUUAAAGUCUCAGGAUUCCGAGCAGUAUAGAGUAAAAACAAGCUGUGGAUUAAACUUUCAAAAGAACCAUGAAGUCAGUCAAAGUAACUCUCAACUUUCCCCAAGUACGCAGCUCUUUAAGGCUAUUUCUCCAGGAUACUGUUCUCCACGAAAUCUGUCCAAAUCGGCAGUUCAUCAGACACCUGUGAAUCCUUCUCCCGUUUCUUUGAAUUCACAGUGUGUUCACAACAAUGUCACCGUGGAAAAAGCAGAAAGCAUUUCCAUGCAGCACUCCCCUAUGAUUAUCCAAGAGAAGAUUUAUAGUUUUUCACGGAGCUCAUCUUUAAAUCGGAAAAUCGGCUCCAAAUCAACCUUUUCACCUGUUUUGGCUUCUUUCCGUGACCACGACAUCAAGACAGCAGAACUUAUCAAACAUGUACAAGUGCAACCGAAAACCAAUCAGGUUUACGCUUGCGAUGAUAGUCAAUUGACAUUUGAUGGUCCGAAGAAAGAUGGAGUUAACGCUAUUAUUGGUCACAUCCGUAAUGUCUCUAGAAACCCUCAGAGAACAGACAUUGAAAAGGAGACAAAGAGUGGUUCAAACAUUUCACUGCGUGCCUCUGUUCUUCAGCAUUUUCCACAAACAAUUUCCAAGCCAACACAAAAGGAGUCGCUUCCUUUUGUUAAUUCACACACAACAACAACAUUUUGUAACAACUUUAUCAGUAGUUCAUGCAAGGAAUCCGCGCAAUCUGACAAUCAUGCUGCCAAAAAAGCCAUGCAUUUAGACGCCCGCAGUAUUGAAAUUGGCAGCGGUCAUGAAACAAAGUCAAGCUAUCUCUGGCGCUUCAAAGGGGGAAAAUUGAUUAGUGACAACAUGCCCAUUCUCCGUACUGAAAAACCAGUAGCAGAAAUUGAUGCGAGGACGAUGAAUAAGAUUAAAGAGCCUGAAGUUGUGGUAAAACGUGAAGGCCAUGCCUCUGGGCAGCAGCCAUGCCACAGAGAUUCAAACUGGAAGUCCAUUCCUCAAGGGUGUCCGCUUGUUAGUUCAACAGCAGAGCAGGAACAUAAGAAAGUGUGUGGUGCUGCAGCUUCUGGUAAGCGGUGUUACUGUGUUUUGGAACCCAACUGCCGUCCACAAAGGGAUAAAACAUCAAUUGAUCCUCUUCAAAGUAUGCAAAAUAUGAUUAACAGAGCAGCAGAAAGUUCACCGAGACACCGUCCCUCGCAAAUCCAUGCUCAAAGACCAGACACUACGGAGAAAACAGCAAAGAAUAUUGUAGCCACUAACAGUGCACAGGUAUACCAGCGGCCUAGCACUAUCGUCCGGAUUUCAACCAGUGCACACGACCGCCAACAGUCCAAAGAAACAGUCAGUGUUUCAAGUAAUGAGCAGUUUAGUCGGCAAUCUGGAGCCAACUUCCAUUUUACCACGAGCUCGCAAGAAAAAAAGCUAUCCUAUACUACUGUCAAAGUAACAAGUGCUGCCAACGGAAAUCAACAACCCCCUCCAAGUCUCCUUAUUUCACCUGCUGCACAAUCAAGUAGCCAAAAUAUUUCGAGUAACGAGCAGUUUAACGGACCCUCCAGUGCAGGCUUACACGCUUUUGGAAAUGUAAAGGAACAAUCCAGUGCCAAUGUCCACCUGUCAUAUGAUAAGCAGAUAAACCAACGACCCAACUCCACCGAUAAGCAUACUCAGUAUAACGAACCAAACACCCAUCAACGUAUUGCUAACCGGCAAGAAUUUCUUCGUGACGAAGAAGUGAACAGUUUGCUAAUCCCUCGCUCGCAGAUAAAACAGCAGCCUGGGAAUGAUACUGGGAUAGCUGUUUCGUGUACUGUCCGCCAAACAAACCAACAAAGAACCCAGCAAUCAAACACAAUUGCCAACCUUGACAACACUAUACCAACAGGUCAGCUUACAAAUGGUAGCCUGGUUCUUUCUGGUGGCGCACUUGCAAACCAACAGUCUAACAUACAAAGCACAAUUUCCAAGGUUUCUGCGAAAACUGUGGUUAGGAUAGCCCCAAAGGUGGAAUCUGGUGCUAACGGCGAAAUAGAGAAACCCAAGAAAGCUGCAACCUCGAUUCCUAUCAAAUCUGAAAAAGCCAACGAUAAACAGUGCAGUUUUGUAACACCCCAUCCUCCAAAGAAACAGUAUACUUCUCUGCAACAGCUUGCUAAUAAAGUUAUCGAGACUAGACAGAGAAUCGAGACGGAGAGCAUUCCAUGGAAGAAAAAGAUUUUAAAAUCUCUCGAAGCCGUGCUGAUGAAACGGUUGAGAAAAGUAGAGAGAGAGACUGGGGAACAGGCCAAUCUAGGUGGCGGAAAAAUUUCUGAGACUGAAAAGAAUAAAGUCGGACAUCAGAAAGAAAAAUAGAAAGAGAGAGAAAAAAAAAUUAAAA